AUGUACCAUCCUUUCCGCCCUCAUGACGAGUACAUGCCCGUGCCCGUCCCUAACCCCAUCCCCAACCCCGUCCCCAACCCCAUCCCCAAUGAUAUGACAGGAGGUAGACGUCCAAGAGAGCCAGCAUCUCCCUCUGCAUCAGGCGAACCAGCUGCUGGCCCUCGUCCCGUCCUGGCUUAUACCCCCGGAAAGACAGAAGGAGAAAGCAGGAGGGACCAUCACCGCCAACUGCUGGCACAACAGCUAAAUCAGCAAAGACACGACAUAAAAAGACUACAGGGUAGCACACAGCCCGUAAGGCCCAGCGGGCCCAAUACCAGCUUUCCUCCAUCCAUGCCGCCAGGAAUGGUCAACAACCCAAGCUGGUACAUGUCAACUGCACCAGGUCCCGCUCCUUACACUCCGUAUCCCCCAGUCCCGGCGUACCCCGUUAAUCCCCCUCACCCUCCUGCAAGAUAUGCUUCAGGAGACAGCAGUCCAAGCCCAGCAGCCGAGGAAAUGUACGCUCGGAACCCGGAGUACCCAAACGCCGUACGCUCGACCAUGUACACACCUCCCAGCCAAGGCAGCGUGUCUGUUUCAGAGGCGAAUGACCUGAAGGCCCAGAUUACAGCUCUGCAAAACAAGGUCCGGGAGCUGGAAGGAAAGCCUGCCAUGACAACAGCGUCAAGAUAUCAGAUCCUCUAUCGGAUUGAGAAAGACAACACCUACCCGAGCAACCACUGGAGCUUCUCCGAUAGCGAAGACGAGUUCAAUCACCAAAACAGACCUGCCCAUGUCCGCGAGUCCAGAUCGAGGUCUACGUCCUGGUCGCCCUGGAUGGGCAUUUACACCGAUCCUCCUGAACUGAUACAUCGUGACUCGGGUGCGCCAUAUCUGCGCUGCAACGACCCACUACUUAACUUCGAGCUCUACCUCGCCCUCAACAAGGAGAUUUCAUUCGUAGUAUUCCGGAACUACAAAAGAAGGGUCACAUGGUCGACUUCAGAAAGAGGGAAGUAUAGCAAACCGGAGCCGUUCAGCGAGAGCAUUCUCGCGGUCUCCGGAUCCCUCAAAGAUGCGAUUGAGAAUUUGCUCAGCGGUCGCGAAUUCUGGUCGAUGAGACAAGAAUUCCAGUCCAAAGCUGAGAUCCACUCCCCUUACCUCUGCGUCUACCACAACCGCGGAGCUAGAGAAGCGGAGAUCAGACAGAAUCUUAGCUCUGAGGCGCAGAGACAACUCGACCUUUUCAGAGACUAUGUUGAACUGACUCGGGGCAAUGAAUAUGCUGCUGCAGAUUCGCUUUUAAAGAAAGGCAAGAUCAGCGCUCCGUACGUGCCCUACCUGUUCAAGCCGAAUGAUCUCUUGGUUUCCUUCAAGAACAAGGAGCAUGUAGGUUAUGUUGCGAGGGAUUGGCCAGUUCGCGAGCAACACGACCACGAUACCAGCCCUUCUUGGAGUAUAAGAGGGCAGGGCUGGGGAUUUAGUGGUGAAUUCUACAAGUUCCUCACCGAUCUCAGAUUUGAAAUGCCAGAAUCGCACUUGCUCAAAGAUGGUGGUUCAAUGGACGAUGAUCUUGGCCAACUUCCGGCUCACAGUGGCUCAGACAAAGAAGCCGAAAAAGAGCACGCUAUCACGGAUCUCGCAGUGUACCCGAUAAAAUAUGCAAGUGCCGAUCUCUGCCGGACGCUUGAACGCCGCGGGGAGACAUUUUGGAAAUUCCGAAAACAGCAGUAUGUGUCCUAUCAGGCGACCGAGGAAGAGAACUUUCAAACCAUGACCCAUGAAGGGUAUAUGAUAGACAUGAAGACCUAUCAAAGACUGCACGCAGGGCCAACCCUGAAUGUGAAUAGCUUUCAAGGUACACGUGCAAACACACUCGACGAGCGCGCCAUGGCUAGAGAAAGCCCUCCGCCAUACCCGUUUAGCAUGCUGAUGCCUCCAAGGGUGAUCGGUUUUAAUCUCAGACUCAAGCAAUGGAUCGGUCUCUCAGUCGACCGUAUCUGGCCCAUGAGCUGGAACAAAGCCGCUUUUGAGAAUCUAGCCAUCAAUCCCAAGUCCAAAGACCUGAUCGAAGCGAUGGUAACUAAUCACCUGGAACCCAAUUACUCGGCAGACGUGAUCGGCGGCAAAGGCAACGGACUGAUCAUGCUUCUGCAUGGCGGUCCAGGAACCGGCAAAACACUGACCGCAGAGAGUGUGGCCGAGAUAGCAGAGAAGCCACUGUAUCGAGUUACAUGCGGCGACGUCGGCACCAAACCAGAGGAGGUAGAGAAGUACCUCGAGUCCGUGUUGCAUCUGGGCAGAAUCUGGGACUGCGUUGUGCUUCUCGAUGAAGCGGAUGUCUUCCUUGAGCAGCGGGGACUGGAAGAUUUGCAUCGCAAUGCGCUUGUUUCGGCAUUCCUGAGUGUGAUCGAAUAUUUCGAGGGCAUUCUAAUUCUGACAACCAACCGGGUCGACAGGUUCGAUGAGGCGUUUAAGUCGCGGAUUCAGCUGGCGCUACACUAUCCUCCUCUUGGAGAGGAGCAGAGACGGAUCAUUUGGAGGACUUUUAUCCAGCGGCAGAAUGGGUCGUCUACUGACAUUUCGAAUCUUGUGGGGAGCUUGGACGUGCUUCAGAGGGAGAAGUUGAAUGGUCGGCAGAUUCGGAAUGCCAUUACCACUGCGCGUCAGUAUGCGAAGUGGAAGAAGGAGGUUCUUAGGUAUGACCACCUGAAGGAUGUUAUUGAGGUGGCAGCCAAGUUUGAUGAAUAUCUGGAGAAUGUUCAUCGCGGCGGUCAUAUGCAGGUCUGA